CACAAUCAUUUUUUAUUAAAGAUAACAUACGUUACUUCGACAGUUAUCGCAUAGCACCAGGUGGUUGCUUAUUUCUGGAGUUCACAGAGUACUUGUCUUGCAAUCCUGCGUGUGGCUAAGUCCGGUAACAAGCCACCUACUUGCAGCCUGAAUGUCCAGAUGUACGAGUGAAGGAUACCAAAGGGCGGCGAAUCAACGAUGAGAUGCAGCAAGUGUAGGAGCGGUCUUAUUCCGUAUCUCACAAAGUCCUUGUGUGAAAGUGCCGAAGAUACCAAGCGGAGUUCGCUAGAUAGGCACUGGUGUCGUCAUAACUUUACACGUAACGUAUUUGAAGCGGGGCAUGAAGGCCAGUAACCUUGUAUUCUGACGAGAAUCCCAGCGUAAAUCACUAUGAGUCGUCUUCUUAUCAAUCUACAAUUGAUAUUACUGUUUUCCUUCUGCCAAGUAUUCAGAUAAUCUGUUAUCCAGUCAAAUGGUAACGUCCGCUGAUGGGGUGAAGCGUAUCGGUGGUGGAAGCUUAUAGCACAGUGUCGUGCAUCAGCCCUAGCCUUGCGACCUUGAUUUCUCGGAGUUUCCGAUAUUUAAUCCUUUAGCAUUACACCAUUGCUCCUUUUUCCCUCUCUUUCCAAAUGAAGCAGGUUUAAGACGCUUGAAUUUCGAUAUAAAAUUUCAGCAAACGCAAUGGACGAUGCGGAUGCUGCAGAGUUGGCUAGGUUGGGACAUAGAAGCGAGCUGAAAAGGAGUUUCUCACCUUUGUCAAUGCUUGGUCUCGCAUUUGCAAUCCUCAAUUCCUGGACGGCUCUCUCUGCAAGCUUAUCGCUAGCUUUACCUAGUGGAGGCUCGACAUCAGUUCUCUGGGGAUUGAUCAGUGAGUCAAUACAUUGUUCAAUGGAAUGCUUCUGACGUGCCAUCAGCUGCCGGGCUAUGCAAUCUCUGCUUAGCUACCUCGCUUGCAGAGUUUCUGAGUGCUUAUCCGACUGCUGGGGGUCAAUAUCAUUGGGUAGCUGUCAUUUCAUGGCGAUCAUGGGUCCCAUUACUCAGUGUGAGUUAUUUCAAUUUUCAGUUGUCUACUUUGUGCAGAUUUGAUGCCCUGCCUCAUUUUACUUCAAUGAGACUGCUUACCUCCCCGUUUCUCACUGAUCCGCUAACUUGACUUGAUAGUGGAUCACUGGUUGGAUCAAUGUCAGCGGAUGGAUUGCCUUAGUGGCUUCCGGGGGUCUGUUAGGCAGUCAACUCAUUCUUGGGCGAUUUCUUUGUUCAACCCAAAUUACGUUUCUCAAAGAUGGCACCAAUUCCUCAUAUAUAUUGGUUACAACCUUGUUGCCUUCCUCAUUAAUGCAUUUAUGACCGGGGUAUUGCCACUAAUCACUAGAUCAUCUUUCAUCUGGUCCAUCCUUGGGUUUUUUGUCAUUUGCGUCACUGUACUCUCAACUGCCUCCCCAAACUAUUCCUCUGCCGAAUUUGUCUUCACCGAUUUCCGAAACGAAACGGGCUGGCCUGAUGGGAUUGCUUGGCUUCUCGGGUUACUGCAGGCAGGAUUAGGCUUGACGGGAUUUGAUGCUGUGGCUCAUAGUUCGUCUCCUAUUUUCCAAUUUUCUAGUUGGGAAGCUAACUGGACCUCAGUGAUUGAAGAAAUCCCAAAUGCUGCCGUCGAAGGACCAAAGAUUAUGAUUGCAUGUCUUGCCAUUGGAAUCUUCACUGGAUUUAUUUUUCUCAUGGUACUUUUGUUUGUUGCUGGGCAGAUUGAUGGACCGGAAGGAGUGAUUUCCUCCUCCGCUGGACCUCUUCUUCAGAUUUUCUAA